AUGCUUUACUUGUCUUUCGUAUUCUAAACUACGAAAAUAUUUUUCGUUGAUGAAAGUGUUUGAGUAUUUAAUCCAGUAGGAUUUGAGUGUUUCACGGCGCUACAAGCUACACACUAACGAUGGGGGGAUUUAAUCCCUUUAUUUGCCGUACUAUAUAAUUACUAAUUCAAAAAGUUAUAUUUUUUAUUUGGAAGAUUAACAUAAAAACAUUAUACAAUGCAAACAGCGAACUAUAUAAUUAUUCACAACUACCAAAAGAUUAUCAUUAAUACAGCGAUGUCAUUUAAUGGCAGGACCAUCUUUUAUAGAUGCCAUGAGAACUUAACAGGCUGCGUGGCGCAUAACCGAAGGCACAUCACAGGUACAAAUUCUAUGGACGAGGGAAACAACAAAUAGGCGGAAGUGGCGGAUGGCGAUGCUUUAAUGUUUAAAGCGGCGUGCGAUGGAUGUGCUAUCUGUUGCGUAAUAUUCGUACUACAUUAUUUGUUUAGAGCUUCGUUGCGUUUUAUAAUAAGAUGUUCUGUGAAACUUAAGGUUUUGUAAGCUUGAAAGCGCAUGAUUAUCGAGGCCAAUAACUAACUUAAUUAAGGUUGCGUGUCAUGGAGGUCGUCAAAUCAGAAAAACCAGUGAAGGACAGAGGAAACAAGGUGACUUCAGUAAUUUCUGGCAGGUUGACUGAAGAUACAAAUAAUAGUGAUGACUGUGGUGAGGAAAGUGUAGGUAAAACCGCUAAAUUACAUAAUGGUGGAGAACAAGUUGUCACUUCAGAGGAUAGCGUAGGUGAUCCGAAAUCCAAGAAGAAAGAAAGUGGAAAUACCAAGCAUACAGAUGCACAGGACUCAGAAUAUGCUUCAAACAGUGAUGAGAAAUGGCAGUUGCAACUUGAUUUAUCCGAUUCAGCCAGUACUUCAGAUAAUGAUGGAAGUGAAGUUGAAGCCAGUGAAAGAAAUGGAGAGAAUAUGAAACGGGGAGGUAAUAAAAGUCCUGUGAAUUGUAGUGAUGCUGAAGAUUCUGAGGACUUUAUAGGCUUUGAGAUGAAUACAGCAUUAUUACAAGGUUCUGCAGUGGUUUUGACAAAACUGAUUGGUCUUGCGGAGUCUGCAUUGAAAUGUGGAAGGAAAGAUCCGUAUGGUGCCAGCACAUCCCAGGACUUCGAAGAACUGGAAAUAAGUAUGGAGGAUAAUGAUAUGGAAAGAAAAUUGACUUCAUACAGUACUGGCUCAUCAUCAAAGGUUUUCAUUGAUUGUGACAAUGAAAUGAAUGUUGAUGAUUGUGAGGGUAUGAAAUUCUCUCUGAAGUUAAUAUCAGAUGCAGAUGACAUAAGAAUAAAAGACGAACCAAUGGAUGAAGAUAGUUCAAGCAGGGACACCGAUAUAAUGGGAAGUGGGGGAGAAGUAAAUAGGAGGAGUCAACUAUCUCACAGCUUUAUGAAAACAAAAGAAGAAAAUAAAAUUGGUUCUGGUGAUGAUAGAGGUUCUGAGGCAAGGAAGAAAAGGAGGAAGAAAGCCAAAAAAAAAUACAAGGAAUUGCAAGAAGAGGACGAAGUUGCCAGCUUGACUGACACAAAUUCAAAGAUGCUGAGGGAAAUGUCUGUGGAUGUUUCAAGUUCUGCUCACGUUGCUGUGCCCCUUAAAACAGAUUCUGUGUCAGGUGUAUUUACUGCUAGUGAAGAAGUAUCAUCUGAAGUGACUAGUUCAGCAGCAAGCAGUCCAUCAGCUAGCUCUCGAAGCAGCGUAAAAAUAUCUGCUUCAGGUGGAAGAUACAUUCGUGGAGAUUCUCCUGCUCUAUCUUCAAGUGGAGGGAAGGGGAAAAAGGUCUUUGUGGACCUUUCUAAUCCUGCUUACCUCAAACCAUUUGAGUAUGGUUGGAAGCGAGAACUAGUGUACCGCAACGCAAAUGAAUCGUCAAUGAAAAAAAUGGCUGAUAUCUAUUAUUAUACUCCAACUGGGAAGAAAGCGAGGUCAAAUCGUGAAGUAAUGGAAAGUUUGGAGGAGUCAGGAGACUUAACCAUUGAGAAUUUUACUUUCUGCAAAGAAGCAUUAGGGAUCAAUGACCCUACUAAAGAGAUUAUCAGAGAUGCAAAGAAGAUUCUGUCUAAAGAUCCCAGUAUCUCACCAGUGAAGAAGACUGCAAAACCAAAGUCAACAACAGGAAAGUCAUCUCCUUCACCUGAGCCAUUGGUCUCUAGCCCUGUUUCACAGAGUGAAAAAGGCCAACAACAGGGACGAACUGUACCACCAAAAACAUUUCCAAAGAUAAAGGUGUCAUCUGUGAGAUUGCAGAAGCUACAGAUUGGCAAAGGAUCUGGUGCCAAACAGAAGAAUAAUGAAUCUUCAGAGGAUGGGGACCUGGAGAUUGGAAUGCUGCCUCCCAUGUGGAACCCAAGUGACAGCCCCUUUCUGAAAACUGCUGCAGGCACUUCCCAGGCUGUCACCACUCUUAGCUGGUCAGCAAAGAGUGUCAGUGGAAAGAAGUCCAACAAUGAACCGUGCUCGAUACGCUGUGUUGGCGUCAUGGGUCUCAUUCCAUCACUUCAGUGCCGAGUGUGCCUGUGUCUGUACCAUCCUGAGUGUGUGGGACUUGGUACUAUCUCUGAAACCAUCCACAGCUAUGUGUGUAAGAACUGUCAGCAAGAAUUGAAAGAUGGAAAGCCAUCUUCUACAACGAAACAGGGCAAUACAUCAAGCCCCAAACUGGCUAUCUCAACUACUCCUCCACCACUUACCCCAAUCAGUGCUCUUGGUGCAGGAAAUAAGACUUCUCCGAGUGACACUACUGUAGGCCAGUCUGCUGCAACACCCUCCUCACCCCCAAAACUGCAACGUUUACCACGCAUGGGUGAGUCUGGCAAACUCAUCACUGUCCCUCGUUUUGUGAAAGUGCCAAGAAAUCGUGAAUCUGUCCUUCCUUCUCAGCAGGGACAGAAAGGAACUACUGGAAACAAGGGCACUAUUGUGGGUUCUGUUACCACAUGGCUUCCACCAUCAUCCACCAUUCAGUUGAGUCCCAGCGGAGUUGCCAAAACUUCCUCAAAUGUUGUUUCAACAUCAUUGAGCAACUCUGUCUCUUCAACAGGUACCACAAGUGACCCCUUGGCUUCUCCUCCAAACCCCUCCAGUGUUCAGUCUGUUGCUUGUGUGGGUGGUAAAAAGUAUAUUGUUGUUCCAAAACAUAAUGUUUUGUCUGUAUCCCCAGCAAUGGCUGCCACAGCCACAACACCAACUUCAAAGCCCUCUGUGCUGGCAGGAGAUUUAUCUCCUUUGGGAGAUAAAGCUCCUGUAACACUAGCAUCUAGUUUGGUCCUCACAAACACAACUGGUCGUACCACUUCUGUUUUUGGUGGUACUCCAGGCCUUAUUGGGCAGCCCCAAGUCCUUAUGCCAUCAUCAUCUGCCAAUGGUGGACAGACAUUCAGUGUAGUACAGGGUACAUCUCCUCUCACAAAUUUUGUGACUACUGGAGGUCCAGUUUUACCACAAUCAUCAGCUUAUAUUGUGAGCAGUGGGGUUUCUGGAGGCCUUCAGAAUCCUCCAGGCGUGUUACUGGUUCCUUUUAUGGGGUCAGGUUCAACAUUCAUUCCCACAUCAUCAACUGCAACAUCAGGACAGGAUGGUUUGGCAAACAAGAACUCUCAACAGCAACAACCACAAUAUUUGAUUGUCAAUGGCCCUCCAGGCUUUCAGCCUGGUAACUUCAUUAUUGGCAAUCUUCAGCAGUCAUUAAAGCCAACAGAUAGCCCAGAGAAGAUGGGAGACUCUGCAGAUGGCAUGAUGGAUGGACAUGUGAGGGAUUCUGAGGACAUCAGCAAGGGGAAGCACAAGUUAGCAGGCCAUGAAUCAGAUGGCCCUGCUGCAAAACAUUCAAAGAGCAGUGUUCCUGAGGCAAAUACCCUGGAAACAGAGAGACACUUUAUGCAGUAUUUCAUGAUGAAUGUGUGUGCUGGCUACUCGUCUCUGCUUCACGUGUUCCAGUACCUUAAAGUUCAGGAAUUGCUACGUGCAGCUAGAGUCUGUCGCAUGUGGCAUGAUAUGGCCUCACAUCCUUCGCUGUGGCGGACUGUGAGGAUGAAGAACUCGCAUGUUGGUGAUUGGGAUGGUCUUGUGAAGAGCUUGCGCAGGCAUGAGACACAACACCUUGACUUGCGCAAGAUGCUUGUACCAAAUGAAGAUACCCAUUCCAUGUGGGAUGAAUUUUGUCAUGCUAUUGUUCAUGCUACAAGCCUGUCACGUUUAGACUUGUGCCGAUGUCCUGCUCGAGUGGUUGAGAGGGUGGCAGAGUCUUGCCCCCAGUUGAAAAUAAUCAACGCAUUGUCAAUCAAGUGUUCAAAUAUUAACCUGCAGUCUGUGGAAAAUCACAAAAAUCUACAGGAACUGCGACUCAAGAGCCUCUCAGGUAUUCAUCUCAGCACAACUUUGGUAGCUCUGAAGCAACUGUCUAGUCUCAAACACCUGUCACUGACAACAUUUAAAGAGCUGGGGAAGAUGGAACCCAAUGUAUUAGGCUCUCUUAAAAAUUUGGAGUCACUUGAACUUGGCGAAUGCUGCGACUUUCCCCCUGAAUUUGGACCUGAUUCGCUCUCACGGCUGAAGAAAUUGGAACGUCUGCGCCUUGAAAAAGGACAAGGGAAAGACUGUCCAACCUUCAGUAUUCUGGCUGGAAUUGCAGUCCUUCCCAAACUGACACACCUCGAACUUGUCAACUUUGAUGUGAAACCUGGCUUUGAUAAAGCUUUGGCUCAAUGCACUAAUAUCCGCAGACUGCUCAUCAUUCCGACAUAUGUGACACAGUCAGCUACUACAAAUCACAUGGUUUUGAAUGGUGUGAACCAUCUGUGUAACUCACUCACACACUUUGUUUGGGGAGUGACACACGAGCUGUUAAGGGUUACCGAGCUUUUUGUCGAUCAGUGUGAGGGUCAGAAGGAUAACAAAGCUCCUCCCAGCAAAACUGGAAAGAAAUCCUCAGGCAGUGACAGUAUUCCAAUCCUGAAACCGAUCCAGAUCAAGGAUGACUGUGAGACAGAGAAGCUAAAUGAUCAAGAGAAUGAAUUAGAAAGCAACAGAAACGGUGAGACUAAAGCUGCAGAAGACUGUGAAGACAAAGAUGAAGCCUCUGCUGCAGCCCCUCAGGUAGAAAUUCUUCCUCUCCCAAAAUUGCAAAAACUCCUGACUUCAUCUCUUCCGAAGACAAAAGUAAAGAUCUUGAAAAUUCCAUUCCAUGCUACAUGGCGUCAGACCAUUUCUGAACCCGCCCCAUAAAGAGCCAGCAUGAUGUGGAAAGUUGUACUGUUAACAAUGGCAUAAAUCCAUUAACAAUAUUUUACUUUACUGAGAAAAUAAUUGUGAUAGAUAAUGUAUAUGGUGGAAGACAUUAAAAAAUUAUCAUAGCUUUGAUGUGGGGAAACAUAGUGUUUGUUAAUGAUUUAGAGAAAACUGAGAUGAACAACACAGUUUAUGGCUUGUACCAGCAUUCUUUAAGAAGUGUGUAGAAUGUAUAAAUUAUAUAGUGCGGUGGCCGUAACUGUGAGUACAAAUUUUCCUGCAGAACCCUUUCUACAAUAAUAGGAUAGUAAACUGGUCAGUUACACUAUUAUUAAUGUAGUGAUAGUAGUAGUAGUAGUAGUAGUAGUAGUAGAAUAGUAUUGUUUUUUUAUGUAAGGCUUGUUGAAGAUUCAAAGCUUUUUAUUGUGAAUUUGGAAGAUAGAGAACCAUUGAGUGUCGGAUCAUUCAAUAUUACUUAGUUAACACCAAUUGGGCAUAGAUUGCCAGGUAAUGAUUUCGUUAGAAUAUAAGUUUAUUUUAGAGGGGACAGCACCACAUUUAAACUGGAGGAGUAUGUGUCUCAAGUACUGUAUAUCAGAUUGGAAUUAGUAAUUAGAACUGCGUGUAUCAUGAUGAAUAAUUUAAAAUGGACGUGAUUUACAGCUUUGCCUGCUUGUACUAUAGCUGUUGAAAAAUAGUGUAAAUGAAGAUGGCAGUGAAGCUUUGGACAAUGAGAUGAAUGCUAAUGUGAUGUUAUGCAGGACAGAUUGAGGCUAGGAUUCAAAAACUAUUUAACUGAUUCUCUCUUUAUACCAAAUGAUUCUUGUUUGUGGAAAGUAUCUACAAGAAGGUUAAAUUGUUUAUGUUAAUGUGUCAUUUUUAUUGCUAUGUUUAUGCUCUCAACUGUUACAAAAUCUAUUGAUAUGUCAUGAUUACAUGUUCACGUUUCUGUGGAUUAUGGUAACAGUUAUGGAAUUUAGGCAUUGUGGGUUAAAAUCUGUGAUUCAUAAUGUCAUAAUAAAUUAGGGUUUCUGAUCCUGUGUUCUACAGACGUAAGUAUAUUUCUAGUUACAUAAAUACUUGAUUUGGUUCUAGUUCUUUUUUUUUAUUCCCAUUUUGAUGAAGCUCAAUGAAAAUCGG